AGGUAUCCCAGCCUGUCGUAAAAGACGAUUAACCGAGGACGCCGCCAUAGGAUUAAAAAAUUGCCUACACCAGCUCUAUACACCAAUCAGAAAACAACAAUAUAUACAGGCGCCAUGGUGGGCUCGGUCACGCGCUGGGAGCCUGGCGUGGGGGGGGACCAGCAACACCUCGCCGUGACGGACCACGUGGCUGGCCUGGACCCGCCCAUCAUCCCGCUCUCGCUGCCCACACUGCCACGCCCCCUGCCUAGUCACGCCCACACACCCCGACCCGCAGAGGAUCUCGACGAAAGCGUCGAGGAAACGCCGUGUCUGGAGGAGCACCGACGCGGGCGUGAGCGCACGACGUCGCCGCGCCACGCGCCCUCGCAGCCGCCCGCGAGCGCCCGCCCAGAGAGCCUGCCCGGCCUGGACGCCCCCGCGAACGGCCGCCAGCACAACCACCACCGCGCCCCGGCGCCUACGACCUCCAGCGCGCACGAAGCGCAUCCCGGCAGCGCCGCCCACACCUCCACCAACGGCACGAGGAGGCGGCCGCCGCCCGUCCUGCCGUCCGCCCUCGCGACGCCCGACGCGUGGGCCGAGCCGGAGGAGACGGCGCCCCUCACGCCCGCCACCAACGGGGAAGUGGCCCGGCGCGGGCUGAACGGCGUCGUGGUGAAAAAGAUGGCGCCCGUGGAGGAGGCGGUGAUGGAGGAGGAGGUGGAGGAGGGGGAGGAGGCAGCGCUCCGGGACGAGGAGGAGGUGGAGGAGGAGGAGCUCAAGUGCGGACUCGGCCCUUGCUGCACGCCCGUGUGGCUGCAAAAGUACGCGAGCAAACAGAUGUUCUUGUUUGUGUUCUGUUUAACUUCAGUGUUACAGGGAAUGUAUUAUACGUAUGUGGUUAGUAUCCUUACUACUAUAGAAAAGUUGUUUCAGUUGCAAAGUAAGACGACUGGAAUCAUCCUCAGUGCUACGGAAAUGGGCCAAAUAGGCGGUGCUUUGUUGCUCACCUACUACGGGGGGCAGGGACACAGACCCAAGUGGAUAGGCUGGGGCAUCAUUCUGUUCGCCUUCUUCGCCUUCUUCUCGUCCCUCCCGCACUUCCUCUUCGGCGACAUCAUCCUCAAGAGGUUCCAGGACUCGACGCCGUCCCAGGAUAACCCGCUCGAGUCCGCCAACACGUGCGAGGUGCCCGGCUGGAGCGCCCCCGAGCUGAACGCGUCCCUGGCGGCGGCGGGGAACGCCACCAACGACAGCUGCGAUUCCCCCGACAGCCUGAGCCAGGCGGUCAUGUCCAUCCUGUUCCUGUCGCUUCUGGGCGUCGGCAUAGGUCAGACGGCCGCCUACAACCUGGGCAUUCCGUACAUCGACGACAACAUCGCCAGCAGAGAGUCGCCCAUUUACUUCGGGUUAAUGGCACCCGACAGUGAUCAGGGCCAGUGCCAGGGCCGCGUCAUUGUGACAUCAGCAGAUGAACUUUCGGCUUCGAAAUGUCACACUUCUGGGGGAAAGAAAGGUUAUAUUCAAACAAACAAAAUGCCAGUUGAUGUGAUAGAAUAA